AAGUCUUCAUUAAAGAAAAGAGAGAAGUUACACAGAAAAGAGGGAAGUUAGACAGCACGUAUUCAAAUGAAACUGUUGAGACAAAAGUUUUUGCAAGCAUAACAAUUUUGUCAAAAUCUAUUAUUGCAGAUUUGCCAUCCCUUCUCCUGAAGAGCCACAGGGACUCGUUCAGUUUCAAAAAUUGUAACUGGUGAAAUAGAGUAGGGUUUGGAUCCUAGGUCCUUUAUUGUUCAGUUUUCACGCAAUGACAUUACUACUAUAAUCUAUAUGAAUUGCUGAAGUGAAGAGAACCUUUCUUAAUUUUAGGAUUUUUAAAGUUCCAAACGUUGUGAAAUUUUAGAGAUGAAACUUCAAGUCAUUCACAAUUAGCUGCUGUCAACUAAAAUGGCUGUUUAUUUAGUACCCAGUUGAUAUCAGGAUCUGCCAUUCACUUGAAGAGUGUAUUUUGGUCUACAUCCAGCCCCACUGGCCAACAGUGAAGUCAACCCGCUAAAAAAUGUCGCCGUGAAUAACGUGCUGGACGCGCAGCUGGACGUUUGAGAAUCUAGUUGUCGUCUUCCUGGCUGUCGCUGCGGAGGCCCAAACAACCAAGAAACCAACAGCUUCGACGACGACCACCAAGAAACCUGCGAGGACAACGACAUUGAUGGGUAAACCUGCAACAAUAAAGACAACUGUUAAACCAACUACCACAAGAACAUCCAAGACAACGACCACCAAGCCCGUCACCUCGAAGACAACCGUCAAAUCCUCUACUAGUACCACAGUAAGAACGACGGCCAAACCAACAACUGGCAAAACAACAACGUCAGUCAAAACAACGACAUCCUUUAAGCCGAGGACAACAACAAAGACAACAACAAGGGCAACAACAACCAGAACUACAUCGACGACGUUAGUACCGCCCACCACCGCUAGAACAACAGCUGCGCCAACCACUUCCACGGGUCGAACAGAUACAACGGCCGCUAGUUCAUCUGUCACGACGACAACAGCAGCAGAGACAACAACAACUCCUUCGCCGGUUCUCUUUGAUUGUUUUGUUUCUGAUCCAGCGUGCGGAAAUAUGUGCGGCAACGUGACGUCAACGACUACCGGUGUCGUCCAGUCUCCCGACUUUCCCGGCAACUACGAGAAUUAUAACAAGAAAUGUUAUGUCAUCAUUACCGCGCCGGCAGGUUGGAUGAUCCAAUUGAAAUUCACCGACUUCAAUGUGGAAACCAACGUCUGCUCUGUUUACGUUGCCGAUUAUGUAACGUACCUAUUGCCUCCGACAUCCGGCAACACAAUUCCUGCCCUAGUACCCGCAACCACCGGCAGCAUGGAAAUCGGCUAUGAAUUUUCUGCCAGUAGUAAAACCAACACCAUGACAUCUGGUCAACGAUGGCAGGCGAAUUUUUCUGUGACGAGCCAAGGGAGUUCUUGUUCUGUCCAGGAUCCAUUAGCCUGUGGCAAUAUGUGUGGUGACGGGACGUCCAUCGGCACCGGUGUUGUCCAGUCUCCCAACUUCCCUGCCGACUACGGGAAUAAGGACAGGUAUUGUGCUGUCACCAUUGUCGUGCCAGCAGGAAAGCAAAUCCGGUUGGAAUUCACCACCUUCAAUUUGGACGAUAACUAUGGUUUUAUUGAUGUUGCCGACACAGGCUCGCUUUAUUUGUCUGGGGCAACCGGAAGUUUAACUCCUGCAGUAGUCACCACAACAUCCAACAUCGUGUACAUAUUUUUUUCGUCCCAUGCCAGUAGUGCAUUCAGCGUCAGCACCUCAAUAUAUAAUUGGCGAGCAACUUACACUGCUAUAACGGAAGAUACGACAGGCCUAGGCCUAGGCCUACAUCUACCAUAACGGAAAUGAGCAACUGCAACGAAGAUAAAAUUAUUGGCUUUUUAAAAUAAAUGUCAUUGAGUUCAUCAACAAUUCAAAAAUAGAAUUUUGUGAUUAAAGAA